AAAGGUUAUCUUCACGGAAACCCGAUUAGUUUUCCCUUGAAAAUCGCCGGGUAAAAUGCAGCACCCGAGGCUGAAGCAACAGGCCCUGAUGCAACAAGCUCUCCUCCAGAAACAGUCUCUCUAUCACCCUAGCUUUUUGGCACCUCCUCAGAUAGAGCCAAUCCCAAGUGGAAAUCUGCCUCCUGGUUUUGAUCCAUGUACUUGCCGCAGUGUGUAUGCGGGAAACGUCCAUUCACAAGUGACUGAACCUCUACUCCAAGAGGUUUUUGCAAGUACUGGUCCUGUUGAAGGUUGCAAGCUUAUUAGAAAGAAAAAGGUAUUUGCCCUCUUCUUCUUUUUUAACCAUUAUAAAGCUAAAAGUUUUGAGGGUUCUCUAAUCGUGCAAUGUCAUCAUAAGGGUUCAUCCACUACUUCGAUUGUAGAUCAGCUGCUCUUGGUAGCAGCUGCUAUAUUUUCUCUAAAUGGAAGGCAUUUAUUUGGACAGCCUAUCAAGGUUAAUUGGGCAUAUGCUAGUGGUCAGAGAGAGGAUACAUCAGGUCACUUUAAUAUUUUUGUUGGGGAUCUCAGUCCCGAGGUUACUGAUGCAAUGCUGUAUGCAUGGUUUUCUGUCUAUCAGAGUUGUUCAGAUGCGGGAGUUAUGUGGGAUCAGAAAACUGGGCGCUCAAGAGGAUUUGGGUUUGUUUCAUUCCGCAAUCAGCAGGAUGCACAAAGUGCAAUUAAUGACUUAAGUGGAAAGUGGCUUGGCACUCGGCAAAUCCGUUGUAACUGGGCAACAAAGGGUGUUAGUAGCAACGAUGACAAGCAAAGCUCUGAUGCUAAAAGUGUGAUUGAACUAACCAAUGGUUCAUCAGAGGAUGGUAAAGAGACCACCAAUGAGGCUCCCGAGAAUAAUCCUCAAUAUACUACUGUUUAUGUGGGCAAUCUUGCACCAGAGGUCACUCAACAUGAACUCCAUUGUCACUUCCAUGCUCUUGGUGCUGGGGUGAUUGAGGAGGUUUGGGUCCAGCGUGACAAAGGUUUUGGCUUUGUGAGAUACAGAACUCUUGCUGGGGCUGCUUUGGCUAUUCAGAUGGGGAACAUUCAGUCAUUUCUAUGUGGCAAGCAAAUUAAGUGCUCCUGGGGCAGCAAGCCUACACCACCGGGGACAAAUUCAAAUCCACUUCACCCACCUACAGCUGCACCUUCACUGGGCCUUUCAGCAAUUGACCUUUCAGCUUAUGAAAUGCAAUUGGCUAUGAGCAAAAUGGGUGGCGUUCAUGCCCUAAUGCACCCUCUCAAGCAGGCAGCAAUGGGAUUGGGUGCUGCCGGGGGAAGCCAAACCAUAUAUGAUGGUGGGUUCCAGAAUGUUGCUGUUGCUCAGCAGCUAUUGUACUAUCAGUAGUACCAAUAGAGUUCGUGUGAUAAUAUCCUUAAUUCCUGCAUUGGCAGGGAUUUGCUUGAGUUCUAAACAUAAGAUUUAGGAGGCUUUGGUUAUUUAGCAGUGAA